GCGGUAGCUGGCGCUGAGCGCGGUGGGAGAGGAGAGGGUACCCGGCUGGCUAGGCUGGCGGCCUCGGCCCGGAUCUCAGCGCCGCAGUCCUGCACCUCUCCCGCCUUGUCUCCGGGUCCGCGGCCCCAGGCACGGCGGAGGCGGUGGAGCUGUGGGCCACGGGAGUGUGCAGACUGGUGCCUAAAAUGGAAGUAGAUGUUAAUGGCGAGUCCAGAAGUCCUCUGACCACCCUGCCCUUGCCCGUGGUCGAGGCGAGCUCCCCGGGGAAGGCAGAGGCGGAGAAGCCCCGCUGCUCCAGUACACCGUGUUCACCCAUGCGCCGGACUGUGUCGGGCUACCAGAUCCUCCACAUGGACUCUAACUAUUUGGUUGGCUUCACCACUGGUGAGGAACUCCUGAAGUUAGCCCAGAAGUGCACGGGAGGUGAGGAGAGUAAGGGGGAAGCCACCCCUUCCUUGCGCUCCAAACAGCUGGAUGCAGGACUCGCCCGUUCUUCUCGCUUGUAUAAAACAAGAAGUAGGUACUACCAGCCAUAUGAGAUCCCAGCGGUCAAUGGCAGGAGACGAAGGCGCAUGCCCAGCUCAGGAGACAAGUGCACUAAAUCUUUACCUUAUGAACCUUACAAGGCUCUCCAUGGGCCUCUGCCUCUUUGUCUUCUUAAAGGUAAAAGGGCUCACUCCAAAUCUCUGGACUACCUCAAUCUAGAUAAAAUGAACAUCAAGGAGCCAGCUGACACAGAAGUGCUACAGUACCAGCUUCAACACCUAACCCUCAGAGGGGACCGUGUGUUUGCUAGGAAUAACACAUGAGUGACGCACAGAGUGUGUUAGCCAGUUUAGGUCAGCCUGCCCUUGGGUAGAAAAAUCCACUGUUGUACUCUGUACAGGACUCUUCACACUGUAGAUGGUUAUAUCAGCUAAAUGUUCCUGGAACAUAAAAAUCGUUGGGAUCAAAUUUUGAAUACAGGAAUGAAUCACAGGUACUUGGGGGAAAAUCAUUCUAGAGCACGCAUCUGCAAAGAAAAGAGAAUGUUGACCACUAGUUUGUAUAGCUUUUUAGCUAGGAAACACGGCUUUGGUACAGUAAUGUCACCUUUUGAUUCUGACACUCAAAUUGGGAAUGUUACCUGCUUGGUUGUUGCUGACUUGGUAUGAUACAUUAGAAAUUUAUAUCUUAAGUACUCAAGUACUUCUUUAAUCUCUGUAUUUUACUAUGAAAUGUAUGUAAUGAUUUGUUUUAUGGACUUUAGAACUUGAACAUUGCUGAAUUGGACCACUUUUUAUUUUUAAAUAUUGAGUUUAAAUAUUUUAUAACUGGUUUUGCACUGAAAAAAAUUAACAUUUCAGAUUGACAAGAGAGUAAUCUUUCUUCACUUGCCUCAAUAGUAUUAUUGAGCAAUGAUUUUUUUAUUUCCGCAUGGAAGUUAUUGAUCUCUAUGGGUGUAAAAUAUUUCUUUAUAGCGUUAUUAAAGUGUGUCUUAAUAAAAUGAAAUUUGGGAUACAAAGUAUUUAUUUUACAUUGUGGGGGGAACUCUUCCAGAAAGUUUCCAAAAUGAAGUUUAAUAAGUUGAAAAAAUUUCCUUAGUGCUUAUUUUCUAAUUUAAAAUUCCUCUGGAAGUUUAGAAUGAAAAGGAUUCUUUUAAUUAUGGACUAUAAGCAUAAAAUUGUUUGCAUCUGAAUGUUCUGUAUGUGAAUGGAACUUUAAAGAGGAACUUGUGAUUUCUACUAUUGAAUGCUCAAACUGAGUAGGAAGUGACACCAUUCAGCAUGGCAUCCGGGUCAUUCCAGUUUUAGUUCUGCGCAGUACAUGCACUUACUGAAAUUCCAGUCUCUAGGACUAGGGAAGGAGCCUAACUUGCUUCUACAGUUUUAAUGGGUUAAUCCUGGAUUACUUAACAAUUUAUGUCAAUUGCACUGGUUUAAUUUGUUGCUAAAGAAAUAAUGCCCUGGCUUUAGUAACAAAUCUAGCUCAACUAUUCUUGAAUAUAUUUUGAAAAAAGAAAUGUAACUUAAACCAUUUUGUAAAGGUUUCUUUCUGUUUUGACUCUUGAAGGUGCAAUUUAUAAUUGAAUUGGCAUUUCUGGUAGCAUAGAACUGCUUAAAUUUUAUUUUGGGGGCUACGAGUUUCUUAGGUGUUAACAAAUUGCUUUAAAAAUAAGAGCAACUUUUAAUUAUUGAGCAGGUCACUUCUGUUACAGUUGUGACUUUUAUUUAGCCAGAAUGAAUGGCAAACUAUUUAGAACAGAGCAAGUGUUAGAGAACCCUAGGAACUCGUAACAUUUACUAUACUUUCACUGAGGCAAACUUUGUGAAAGAGGCUGGGGGAAGUUGGCUCAUAAUUUACUGAGUUGAUCAGAUUUGGUGAUGGGCUAUUGUAUAUUUUAAAAGUAAAUUGCACCUUUGUAACAUAUUGUAUUGAUGAAUGAUCACUAAGAUUAACUAUAUCUACACAGUCACUAGUUUGACAAGUAAUAGAAUCCUGUCAGAUGCCAAAGAGUUGGGAUUUUUACGUUUAAUGAUUAAACACCGUUAUUUAUUGAUGAUUUACCCUGUGGAACUGUAUUAUUUCUAACAAUGAAAUAAAAGGGUGAUGUAAA